CGUCGGAGAAGUUGGAGGGCCAGGGAGGUGCAGAUGGGGAAGGUGGCUUGCAUAAAGUGAAAAGUGAAAAAGAAUUGCAGAAGGAAAAGAAGAGGCUGGAAAAACUAGCAAAGUUUGAAGCUAAAAAGGCAAAGAAAGCGGAAGAAGAUGCUCAGAAAAAGAAUAAACCAGAUUCUGAGAAAAAGAAAGUUAAAAAGGAAGAGAAGACUGUAGUAACAUAUGAUGUACCAACUGCUAAGGGGGAAAAGAAAGAUACUCAGUGUGCCAUGCCAGAGGGAUAUAGUCCAGCAUACGUAGAGGCAGCAUGGUAUGACUGGUGGAUGAAGGAAGGAUUCUUUAAACCAGAGUACAAUGAUGCCCAGAUGGAUACAGAGAAGAGAGGGAUGUUUAUGAUGGUGAUACCUCCCCCGAAUGUGACCGGUUCCCUACAUCUUGGUCACGCCCUUACAAAUGCUGUAGAAGACUGCCUCACUAGAUGGCACCGCAUGAAUGGUAAGGUAUCAUUGUGGAACCCAGGCUGUGACCAUGCAGGUAUUGCCACACAAGUUGUGGUAGAGAAGAAGUUGUGGAAAGAAAGAAAACUUACCAGGCAUGAUCUUGGUAGAGAGCAGUUUGUAAAUGAGGUCUGGAAAUGGAAAAAUGAAAAGGGUGACAGAAUUUACCAUCAGUUGAAGAGACUGGGAGGAUCCUAUGAUUGGGAUAGAGCAUGUUUUACCAUGGAUCCAAAAUUAUGCCGAGCUGUAACCGAGGCAUUUGUCAGACUUCAUGAGAAAGGAUUGAUAUACCGUAGCGUAAGACUUGUGAAUUGGUCGUGUACGUUAAACUCUGCGAUCUCCGAUAUAGAGGUAGACAAGAAAGAACUGACCGGACGUACAUUGUUACCUGUACCGGGAUACACGGAGAAAAUCGAGUUUGGAGUUCUUAUCUCAUUUGCCUAUCCAGUAGUUGAUUCAGGUGAGGAGAUUGUAGUAGCUACAACACGUAUUGAAACGAUGUUAGGUGACACGGCUGUAGCCGUACACCCUGAUGAUGAUAGAUAUAAACACAUGCACGGGAAGUUUGUGCAGCACCCGCUGUUGGACAGGAAAAUUCCAAUCGUUGCUGAUGAGUUUGUAGAAAUGGGCUUUGGAACAGGUGCUGUAAAGAUAACACCUGCUCAUGAUCACAAUGAUUACGAAGUUGGUCAACGUCAUAAACUACCUCUACUUACCAUCAUAGAUGAUAAAGGUUUCAUUACAUCAGACUGUGGCAAAUUUUCUGGUAUGAAGAGGUUUGAGGCAAGGAAAGCUGUAUUGGAGGCUUUAAAAGAGAAGAAAUUGUUUAGAAACACUGUAGAUAACCCUAUGGUUGUACCAAUCUGCAGUCGAUCAAAAGAUGUGAUAGAACCAUUGUUGAAGCCCCAGUGGUAUGUUGACAUGAAAGAUAUGUCGGCAGAUGCUGUUCAGCUUGUAAGAGAUAAACAAUUGAAGAUUUUACCAGAAAUGCAUGAAAAGACCUGGUUUAACUGGCUAGAAAAUUCAAGGGAUUGGUGUAUAUCACGUCAGCUAUGGUGGGGGCAUCGUAUCCCGGCAUACUUUGCAACUAUAGAUGAUCCAAAUAUUCCGGCGGGUAAAGACACGGACGGACAGUAUUGGAUAUGUGCCCGCACUGAAGAGGAGGCGAAAGAUAAAGCUGCGACAAAAUUUAACGUCUCGAAAGAUAAAAUCACACUUACACAAGACCCAGAUGUAUUAGACACUUGGUUCUCGUCAGCUUUGUUCCCGUUCUCUAUAUUUGGAUGGCCAGAUGAGACCCCAGACUUGAAGAAGUUUUAUCCAGGGUCACUGCUGGAGACUGGGCAUGACAUCUUGUUUUUCUGGGUAGCUAGAAUGGUCAUGUUUGGUAGAACAUUGUUAGGUGAUUUACCUUUUACUGAGGUAUAUCUUCAUGCAAUGGUGAGAGAUGCUCAUGGUAGAAAGAUGAGUAAAACACUAGGCAAUGUGAUAGAUCCUAUAGAUGUAAUAACAGGAAUAUCUCUAGACCUUUUACACCAGAGGUUACAAGAGGGAAAUCUUGAUGAGAAAGAAAUUGCCAAGGCUAAAGAUGGCCAGAAACAAGAUUACCCAAAUGGUAUACCAGAGUGUGGUACAGAUGCCCUCAGAUUUGCCCUCAUCUCAUACACAACAGGGCGUGACAUAAAUCUAGAUGUACUACGUGUACAAGGAUAUAGGUUUUUCUGUAACAAACUCUGGAAUGCAACAAGAUUUGCUCUCACAGCCUUAGGAACUGAUUUCAAACCCAAACCUUCAGCCCAGUUGUGUGGUAAAGAGAAUGAGAUGGAGUUAUGGAUAUUGAGCAAGUUGAGUAACACAGUAGAGUCGUGUAAAGUUGGUUUUGAGAGCUACGAUUUUCCGACAGCAACAACAGCCUGCUAUAAUUUUUGGUUGUACGAACUCUGUGACUGGUACCUGGAGAAUAUCAAGCCUAUUAUAUACGGUUCUGAUGAGGAGGCGAAGAUAAUUUGUCAGGACGUGUUAUAUACAUGUCUAGAUGUAGGUCUACGUCUGCUGCAUCCCUUCAUGCCAUUUGUUACGGAAGAAUUGUAUCAACGGUUACCACGGCGAUCUAGCUCCGACCCUCCGAGUAUCUGUGUCACACCAUACCCACUACCUUCAGAUUGUCCUUGGAGAGAUAACAAACUGGAGGAAGAAGUGGAUUUCAUACAGAGCAUUGUGAAAUCUGUACGGUCUGUCAGGGGAGACUAUAACAUCACCAAUAAAAUGAAACCAGAGUUAUAUGUAAAGUGUUCGGACGAGGAGACAGCUAACCUUGUACGUACCCACACAGAGAUGAUCCAGGUACUGUCGCUGUCGAGCUGUGUCAAGGUCAACGAAGCUCCGCCCACUGGUUGUGCUGUACAGACUGUAUCUGCUAAAUGUGAAACACACUUUAUGAUAAAGGAUUUUAUAGAUAUAGAUAAAGAGUUGAAGAAACUGACAGGAAAGAAAGAGCGACUAGUUGGUCAACUACAGAAGAUAGAAAGUUCAAUGACGAAGGCCGACUAUGAGACAAAAGUCCCUGAAGAUGUGAGACAAAAAGAAUCAGAAAAGAAAUCAGAGUUGACACAGGAAAUAGAGAAGUUAAGUCAAGCUAUGGAAAUGCUAAGCACGAUGCAAUAACCAUGUGAUCAUUUAGGAAAAUUAACUUGCGUUUUGAAUCCGCUUUUACAUUUCAACUAAGGAAACAUAACACAUGUUUGUUAUUGUUACUGCAAGUGAUUUUUAUCAUCAAUGUGUUACCUUCAAAAUUUUACAAUUCUUUGAACCAAAAAAUAGUUUUAUUUUAAAUCUGAAAGGGAGAUUUAGGUUGAAAUUCUGAAAAGGAAGAAUUAUGUGGAAAGGUAACAAAGUGAUUAUUUCUAUUGAAAGUUUGAGUAACUAGGUGUAGGUUUGAAAAGUUAAUUAAAGUUUUUCUAUAAAAAUAAAGGUAAAAGGUGUAAAUUCAUGUAUACAUGUGAUUAAUUUAUUUUAUGUUUACUGUCAUCUCAUGUGUUCAUAAUUUGUGUUAGUUUAGACAAAAAAUUAAGUUUAGUCUCUUCAGCAAGAAAUGAUUUCUGAGGGUGACAUGAUUAUCCUUGUAUUCAAGUGUGACAUGAUCCAAGGGUGACAUGAUAAUCCUUGUAUCCAAGGAUGGCAUGGUAUUCCUUGUAUCUAAAAGUGACAUGGUAUUCCUUGAAUCUAAGGGUGACAUGGUAUUCCUUGUAUCCAAGGGUGACAUGAUAAUCCUUGUAUCUAAGGGGACAUGGUUAUCCUUGUAUCUAAGGGUGACAUGAUAUUCCCAGUAUCUAAGGGUGACAUGAUAA